UCGAUAUUCGAAGGAAAAAUUCUCUUUUCUGUAGGAAUCCUUUUUUCUUCGCUAAAAUGUGGACAAUUCCUGAGAUAACAGCCAGUAGCGUUGCUUUAUUCCUUGGGUACGUGAUUCUACUCCUGAUUGCGCUCAGUAUUGUGUUUUACUUGCUCAUCGUUAUGCUUGGUGUCUACGUUCGUCAUGCCACUAGGAAGGCAAUGCCACAUCUACGAAAAUUUGAACCAGGUCAAAUACACGUUAAACCUGUUGUCGUAGGAUUCUUUCACCCCUAUUGCAAUGCUGGUGGUGGCGGAGAACGUGUUUUGUGGGUAGGAAUACGAGCCAUACAGCAGAGGUACAAUUUUGUCAAGUGUGUAGUGUACACUGGUGACCAGGAUGUUACUGGUGCGCAGAUCCUCGAGAAAGCACGGACAAGGUUUAACAUUUCACUUCCAAAGCCAGUCGAGUUCGUGUGUUUGAAGAAAAGACGCUGGGUUGAGGCUGCUAUGUAUCCCUAUUUCACCCUACUGGGUCAAAGCUUUGGAUCAGUUAUUCUUGGAUGGGAGGCCUUAACCAGCUAUAUACCAGAUAUCUACAUUGAUACAAUGGGGUAUGCCUUUACAUUGCCUUUAUUUAAGUAUGUUGGUGGUUGUCAGGUUGGUUGCUAUGUACAUUACCCAACCAUCAGCACAGAUAUGCUUGCGCGUGUGAGCAGUAAGGCUUCAAGCUAUAACAAUGCUUCAUUCAUCAGCAACAGUCGCAUUCUCAGUUUCGUAAAGCUUGCUUAUUAUCACCUGUUUGCAAAGGCUUAUGGGAUAGCAGGGAGGUGCGCUGAUGAGGUGAUGGUCAACUCUACUUGGACUUACGACCAUAUUGUUUCUCUCUGGAGGAAGGAGCUCAAAACAUCUGUCGUGUAUCCACCAUGCGACACCAAAUCUUUCCAGGAAAUCCCAAUCAACCUAAACAAGGGUGAUCCACAGCACCUAUUUAUCUCCAUUGCUCAGUUCAGACCAGAAAAGGACCAUCCACUACAAAUCAAGGCCUUUGCAGAGUUUCUCAAGCGCAAGCCAAAGAAAGAGCAGAGUAAAUACAAACUUAUUCUGAUUGGAAGCUGCAGAAAUGAAGAAGAUGCUAAGCGUGUUGAUACCUUGCGGCAGUUGGCAAUAGAUAUGAAAGUAAGAGCCAAUGUUGAGUUUGCUUUAAAUGUUUCAUUUGAAGAGCUUCUAAACUACAUUGCCAAUGCAACCAUUGGGCUUCAUACGAUGUGGAAUGAACACUUUGGUAUUGGUGUCGUCGAGUGCAUGGCAGGAGGGUGCAUUAUACUUGCUCAUAAUUCUGGUGGGCCCAAGAUGGAUAUCGUAAUAGAGUGGAAUGGAAAAGUGACAGGGUUUUUAGCCAGUGACGUAAAGAGCUAUGCUGAUGCCAUGGAGACAAUUAUUGCAUUGAGUCCUGAGGAAAGAACGGCAAUAUGUCACAACGCUCGUCAAAGUGUGGGUAGAUUCUCUGAGAGUUCCUUUGAGAUUGGCUUUCUAAGACAUACCGAAUCAUUAUUCAUGAGUGCAUAAGAAAAAUCCUCAAAUUUAUAUAUAUUUUAGAUUAUUAGACAUUUCCUGUAAUUCUAUCACUAAGCCCUUCUUAGCAAAAUUUUUCCUAAUUCUAGAUUAGAAUCAACAAACGUUUUGAAUAUUUUUCAAUGACUGUAAGUUUCAGUGGAACUUUACUAACAAUUGGUAAUGAGUAAGUUGCUUAGAGUGCAUUCAGUCAAACUGUUGAAUAGUGUACGUCACCUAAAUUAGAUAAGUUAGUUACUAUUUUAGGUGACAUCAACUAAAUUUGAAACUACAAGUAAACAGCUAAUGAGA